AUGGCUCCCCCUCAGGUUUUCUUCGAUAACUCAUCAUAUUCCUCAUCAGACGAUGACUCGCUUCGUUUUCGACAACAUAUUAGGGUACGUCAACGUUCUCAUUCACGUGCGCCCAAAAUCGGGACCUUGGAGGUGCCAAAACAUAGACGUGGACGUGCUUCGUCCGUGGGUCCUCAUGGUAGAGAGAGCAACAACAUAUAUAUCGUUAACGACAAUCGCUCCCCGAGUCGCGAGCGUUCCCAUUCCCACGUCCGUGCCAGGCCAAGAGCAUUCGUCGAUGAUGACGCCUUUCUAGGCAUAGAAGACCAGAUAGAGCAACUCCGCCACCAUCGGCGACCACGAUCCAAAUCCCGUUCUCCUCACGUCGAUUUCGAGGAGCAGCUCCGACUAGAUAGGUUAAGGCUUGUGGAGCGGCGCGAGGAAGUUUUGCUGGAAGACCGGGCGAAGAAAUUAGAUGAUCAGAUAAAAGAGCUGCAGAAAGACCGAGAGAGGCGAAUUCGGGAUAGGGAACGGGAAGUGGAGCGUGAAAGAGAACGGAUAAAGGAUCGAACGGACCACAGGGGCGAACGCAAGGAACGCAGCACAUCUCGCCGAGAUUUAGAAACCGAAGUACAGAUAGAAAGGUUACUCCAAAUGCAACAUGACCUAGAAACGCAAAGGUUCAUUGACGACCAGCUUCUGGUGCGGCGCGCGCAAGCCAAGGAAGAAGAAGAAGCUGAAAAGGAUCGUGAGAAGCGGAUUCGCCAGAAGGUAGAGGCUGAACGAGCCAAACAGGAGGCCGACGAAAACAAGCGCAAAGAAUACGAAGCUCAAUUAAAGAAACAGGCGAUCGAAGAUUACCAUAGAGCUGAAGCAGACAGGAAGAAAAGAGAAGAGAAAGAGAAAGAAAAAGCAGACAAAGAAUUUGAAACCCGUGCUAGGGUGACGCUCGCAAAGGCCGGUUAUACUAAUGAUCAGAUUACGGCCAUCCUCAAGGGAGAAGGGAAGUUGGUAGCGACCCCGAUUGCUCGACCAACCCAAAAGCCAACAUAUAUCAAGGUUUCCCACCACCAUAUUUCACCAGAAACACUAGAUGCCUUCCAGAUACCGUGGGAAUGGGAUGAUCGCGAUGGGGGAUUCAUUCUUAUUAAGCGCAUGAUUAGUGACGAUGUGCAAGAGGAUCUGUUCGAACAUACCCGGAAUCUACGAGACCGCCAAAAGCUACUGAUUGCCCCUCCUUCCCCGCAACCACAUGUAGGCGUCCGAGUCAGGGAUCGGGAUGAGAUGUUUUUAGUUCGACCGUCGCGGAAGAAGUCACCACGGCGUAGUGCUUGGCUGUGGUAA